AUGCCGAUCUCUACGACUCUCAAGAAGCUUGUGCCUUCCAAGCUCAAGCACUCGCACACGCCAACUUCGAACGGCGACAAGCGUAUAGACAAGGUCAACGGCGACGACAGCCCAGAAGAUGCUACCACGCCUCCAGCAGAAGAAGUAGAGGCGAUCGAGGAGUUCGACGUGCCAUCACCUGAUGGUAGCCCGACGCGCGAGAUUGCCGAGUCUGAGCUCGGCAUGGAGGGCGUCGCGACGGAGGCGGAGAAGGAGGAGAUCGCCAAACUCAUCGCUGACUACGGAUCAUCGUCCAACACUUCCUGGCUCGAGUUCUCUCGAUACAAGAUCUGGCGCGCAGACAAGGACAUCAAGGGCUCUUCAUUCCGUCCCGUUCAGGGAUACUUGCGCUCUGAUCCAUACGUCUUUGCCUGGGGCAACCCGCUCGUCUCUGAUCCGUCCGCGCUUACCGAGACAUGCCUCGAGUUCUGGAAGUGGGCCAAGUCACAGAAAUUGAAGCUCGUUUGGUGCUGUGUUGACGACCAGAUGGAGAAGAUCUUGGGCAAGGGCUCGAAGUUCAACUGGUCAAUCGUCUCGUGCAUCGUCGAGGAUGUAAUGGAGCCCCACAAUGUCGUCGAGCUCGCGACCCAAGCCGGCGGCGACUCGAGUGCGAAGGACUUUAAGAAGAACGUCCGUCGCGCGGAGCGGGAGGGCGUCGACAUCCGCGAGGUCGGCUGGAAUGAUUGGAGCGACGACCAAAAGAAGGAAGUUGAGGAGGGCAUCAUUGCCUGGAAGCAGGCCAAGUCCGGUCUUCAACUUGCAUCGACUUCAUUCCAGCCAUGGGUUGACGCCGAGCACCGCCGCUACUUCGUCGCGGAGCACAACGACAAGAUCGUUGGUAUUCUCAUCCUGGCUAUCGUCGGUGGCAACCAGUUCCAGAUCAAGAACGCCGCGUCCUUCCCUGGCGCACCGCGCGGCACAUCUGAGUACCUGAUCUACCAGUCUAUGCAAGCGCUUGAGGAGGAGGACGAAGGCGCGACUGUCUUUGAUGACGAAGAGGACCGUGCUCGCAGCCCUGUACGCAACAUGAACGCGGACCCCUCGCGAGAGUCGUCCGUCAUGAGCGAGGACUCUUCUGCAUCGUCUGACCGCCCAAGACGGGUCACCGUCACGUUCGGCAUCACCGCCGCUGACGAUCUUACGGCUGUCGACAACCUCAAGGGCUGGCGUGUAUCGUGGCUCUCGAAGACUUACUCAAAGGUCGUCGGCGCUACCGGUAUCACGAAGCGCGGAGACUUUAGGAGCAAAUUCGGUACGGAGCACGUGCCUAUGUACGUCUGCUACCCGUCGAAGCAGGGCUUCGGCAUCGAUGGCGUCCGCAAGCUCAUGAAGUGCUUGCGCCAGUGA